AUGUACGCAAGAAUUGUCGUUGGAAUUGCCCUGCUUCAGCUGGUGGCCGGCCAUCCGUUUGAUUUGGGGCUCUUCAACAUCUUUGACCCGUUCCACCUGGGUGGAGGUGGACAGCAACCACAAACCCCCGCCCAGCCCGUGCUCCAACAAGCUCAGGGAUACUCUGGAUGUCAGCCUUGCCAGGCUGCACUGCCUCCGGCGCGCUUUAAGCGCGAAGCCAAGGAGCUGACGAUUGAGCACUCGGAGACGGUAUCUUGUAACAACGAGGAGUACAGGGAUAUUUUGAAAAAUAACAUCAAAGAAAACGCCUACGAGUCGAAGCUGGCAAUUUUUGCCGCCCUUCCGGAUGAGGAUCACCACGCCGUCGUCUGCAAAAACAGCCCCCAGGACGAAAAGCUGAUCUUCGCCGCGCGAGCCGAGAAAUUCUGCGCCCAUUCGGCGAACAAUAUCACGUGUGCCUUGUUCCUAAUG